GAGGAGGAGGAGCAGGAAGAGCAGAGAGGAGGAGGAAAUAAAUAAAUUAAAAAGUAUAUACAAUACAAAGUAGCAGAAAGUUUAAAUACUGAAGAAAAUAGAAAGUGCUUUGCGGGGCAAAUGCUUGAGAUUCACAUUGAACAUGAUUCAUGUAGAACUAGUCGAUCCUGAGGAUCAAUUAAUCCUCUCAGAUUAAGGCAGCACCUGCAUUCAUCGCUGUGGUUGGUUUUGGCCGGCGAUCAAACGGCGGCGGCCUCUCGCCUGCCUCCAGCGGCGACGUCAUGGCGCAGGAAUGCAGGUGUGAGGCGAGCCGCUUUUUAAGCGUCGAGCAUCAGGUCACAUGACACUUCGCCCGGGAAGCUUCUCAUAACAAAGAGACGCGACGCCAUCGACGGAACAUGUUCAGCAACAUCGACCCCAACAAACCCACACACCCCUCUGGCUACGACCUGGGCCCCAAACCGCAGGACCAGGCGUGUCACGGGGGCCCCGGAGGCAAGUCCGACAGCGGCCACGGUGGGGGUCGCCGUGACGACGACCGCCAUGGAGAUGACGGUAAAGAAUGCCGUGAAGGGGGUCGCCGUGACGACGACCGCCAUGGAGAUGACGGUAAAGAAUGCCGCGAAGGGGGUCGCCGUGACGACGACCGCCAUGGAGAUGACGGUAAAGAAUGCCGCGGAGGGGGUCGCCGUGACGACGACCGCCAUGAAGAUGACGGUAAAGAAUGCCGCGGAGGGGGUCGCCGUGACGACGAUGGUAAAGACUGCAAAGGAGGGGGUCGCCACAGAGAUGGUGGCGAGGAGAGCCGUCGGGACCGGCAGAGGCGCAGCAGCCCCGAUUGCCAUGGAAACCGCAAACAAAGCCCCCGUCGUCGUGACAGCAGCAGCGAAAGUGGAAGCGGCAGCGACGACGGGCACGGCGGGCGACGCAGGAAACAUCGUGGUCACAAGAAGGAGCACGGUCAUGGUCAUGGUCACGGCCAGGGGCGUGGUCACGGUCAUGGUCAGGGGCGUGGCCGUGGCGGCCACUGUUAGACACAGGAGACACGCAUCGCCUCACCUGGGAGACCCUACGGCCAGCGCCUCACCUGGGAGACCCUACGGCCAGCGCCUCACCUGGGAGACCCUACGGCCAGCGCCUCACCUGGGAGACCCUACGGCAGGUGGAACAGCUUUCAUCUGGAACCGGCCCUCGCUUCUGAAAUAAAAUAUUCUCACAG